AGAUAUAAGAUAGCAGCAACUUUGCAGCAUGGUGCGGAGUCGCACUCCCUCUCAAGGGGGAGGCUCCCAGGGAUUCGAGAUGGAGCGAAAAUACUCGGUCCCAUCCAAUCCAGAUUCCAGAAUGUUUCCUGGAGGAGCUAGCGAGGAUCUUCACGCCUGGUCUAUAUACAGGCAAAACCUCAACUCGGACUUCACGGACAGCGCUCUCGGCUCUACAGAUAAGAGUCCUCUGCCUUACGGCAACUUUCAACUUCGCGAUACCACUGUUCAAUCGAUUAUAUCGCAUCCACGCUACGGACCCAAGUCGGCUCUAGGCUCCAACAUGUACACGUAUUUGAAGUUUGGCCUUCCAAGAGUGUUUCCACCCAACCAAAAUGGCUCAAAUAGGUCAAAUACUCCACAACAUUUCACCAGGAAUGCUUCCGCUCGGCCGCGUACAAGGGUGUUGAAGCCAGGAAGCCGCGGUCCGCGCGAUGGGAGUUCCGGUUAUGACAGUUCAGACAACGAGACCAGCACCGCCCAGAACUACAAACACAGCCGGAAGUACAGAUCCGAUCCCGAUUUCCGGAUGCAAGCCACUUAUCACGAGUCCAGCAGUCCUACAGCAGGAGGCAUACCGUUAGCAGCGAUGCACCAAGAUGGCAUUCGAAGUCCGCCACGAACAAAUGGUAACGCUGGAGGAUGGAACCGGAACAAGAGCAUCUCGGAAGCAAAUCUGCUUGCUGUGGAGUAUGGCAGAUCAUACGGUUCGGUGGACCCGAGGAGAAACAGCGUGGCGGAUUUUGGGCAUUAUGACCAUCAUCAUGGCCCAGUUGAUCACAGGCCAAUGUCCAAAACGGAAAGUCACCUGUCCAUGCCAAUGUCCAGACGAGGUCCUCCAUCAGUAGUUCGAGCGGAUUAUCUCAGUCAGGACGAAGAGCAAGGACCUUCUUUUAUGUAUCCCCAUUUGCAGGUUUGUGGUGUAGGCGUUUUUCCAGAUUCGUCAGGGUCGUGUUUCAGCUCCUCAAGGCACCUCCUCUUGAACGAAAUCUCCUUUGAAAUGCGCGGAGGAGAAAUAAUGGCUGUGAUGGCGACGUCAGAGGAAGAAGGAACUGCAUUAUUAGAUCUUGUGGCAGGGCUCAGGGUUCCCGUCUUGGGUAGUAUCCUUCUCAAUGGACAAAACGUGAGAGCAAAUAGUCUCGAAUCUCGAGUUGCAUAUGUACAGAACGACCUAAACCUAUGUAAAGAUAUGACAGUCCUGCAAACAAUGAGAUACCACUAUGAUCUCAAAAAACCUACAGACAAAUUAGGAUAUCUAAAAAUUGAUGCCAUGGAUAGGAUAAAUGUUUUAAUAGAAGAUUUGGGCUUAGAACAAGUUAAGAACACUAAAGUAUCAUCAAUGACCAUAUCGGAGAAAAGAAGACUGAACGUCGCGUGUCACCUAAUCUUGGACACGGACAUAGUUGUAUUAGAUCAGCCUACUAGAGGUAUGGAUAUCUUCGACACGUUCUUUCUCGUCGAGUACCUGAAACAAUGGGCAAACGGCGGCGCCGGAAAUGCACUAGGUCGCAUUGUUAUUCUCACUAUGCAUCCCCCCACAUACGAGAUAUUCACGAUGCUUUCCAGGAUCCUGCUCAUAUCUGCCGGCAGAACAAUGUUCAGUGGACGGAGGAGAGACAUGUUGCCAUAUUUCGCCAUGGUCGAGUACCCAUGCCCAUCAUAUAAGAACCCCUCAGAUUAUUAUUUGGAUUUAGUCACUCUGGACGAUCUAUCAGCAGAAGCGAUGCUAGAAUCGUCCCAAAGAAUAGAACAAUUAGCAGAAAUAUUUAGGCAAAAGCAGGAACCUCUGAGCGAUCCUGGUCCCCCAUCCGCGUUGCCCAUGACAGUCAAGAAGUCGAACUUUUUCAUCCAGGCGUUCGUUUUAUUCACGAAGGCCAUGUGUUACACUCAACCCGUCACAUUCCUCAACUGGCUGAGCCUCAUUGUAUUUUCCGCCAGCAUAUCCCUGGUGGUAGGAGCAAUAUUUUGGGACGUGCCAGGAUCUGAUCCCCAAUUGGAGCUUAACGACAGGCAGGGCUACCACUACGCUGUUAUGUGUGUGAUGCUCUGGCCACUCUUGCUGUACCUAACUGUCAAAGAGCUAUCCAGGAACAAAAAGACUGUAGAGAGGGAUAUCAGUGAUGGGCUGUAUGGGAGGUUUACUUACGUUUUUACAAAGUCUCUGGUGAAUCUACCACCUUCAAUUUUCAUCUGGAUGAUAUAUGUUGUACCAAGCUACUCGAUGAGUGGUCUGUAUAUGCAGAGCUUGAACAACUAUGAUGGAUUCUACAUUUACAUAGGUGUGAUGCUCCUAUACCUCAACUGCAUCCAGGUUCUGAUAACAGCUUCCGUCUACCUCCUGCCGUACACCAGGACAAUGACAAUACUGGCAUCCGCAGUGGCAAGUGCUCUUUCUAUACUUUCUGGGUACACUUUGCAUGUGAAGGACCAGCCGGAGUACCUGCAGUGGAUGCAGUACGUAAACCCUGCAUCGUGGCUGCUUCCAUUCCUCUUGAAUAGGGAACUCUCUCCUGAGGCUAUACAAAGUAGUUCGGGUAAAAUAUUGUGCCAGGUGAAGCAUCAAGACAUCAUUGUCCAACUACCGUGCAGCUCAAGGAACGGUACGACGAUACUGAAACACUAUGGUUUCCACAAACCGGACAAGUUAUUUUUCAACUAUGACAACCCGCCAGUAGCAAUGAUCGGUUUCUACGUAGUCCUUUCCGUCGUAGGUUGCAUAGUGUUCACGAUGAACUGUUGUGGGAGAAACAAAACAACAAGAAUAAGAGGACAUAACUAUAUCAAUAAACCAUAAGCUAUAUAACUUCCACUCUGUUAUAAGUGAAUCCAUGAUAAGCACUGAUGUGGAAUUAUAACAGAAUAUAAUAUGCUCAAUUUGUCAACUGACGUUCUUUACUAGGUACUAUGAUAACCUUUCAUCUGUUAUAAGCAUCUACCACAGCAUAGCGUAUCUAGUUCUUAUCUUGGGCUCACUAUGAUGAAAUGCUUUAUGUAAAGAUUCUUAUUUAUUGUUAAAAAUGCCAUACCCUUUGUCUUCGUGUACCGCCUAGUUAUUUUUCUAUAAUUAAUAUUAACGUUCCAUGUUAAUGUUGUAUAUGAAAGUUUAUGCAAUGUGUGUUGAUUGGAGCAGCCAAUUACGUUUUACAUCAGGUUUUCUCCCUUUUGUUAUCAUGUAAAAAUAUAUUUUCUGUCUUCAGUGUU